CGGUCCUCAGAGCAUUGGCGGCAGUUGGUGGUUCUGGAGCUGCGAGUGAGUCCCUGGCGUUGUUUGCGCGUUUACCUGAGUACUACGUAGUACUCCAGUGUUGCUGGAACUCUUCUCACCAGCCCAGCUCACUCCGACCCUAUCACUGAGGAGAACGGUGUCAACCCGAGCCCUGCCUCGGAUUGGGCGUGCGCCGAAGUCGGCACGCCUUUUACCGUGGCUCUCUGAGGCUCUUGUCAGGACUUCUCUCGCGUCGUCGCCAUGGCGCCCACUAUCCAGACCCAGGCCCAGCGCGAGGAUGGCCACAGGCCCAAUUCUCAUCGGACUCUGCCUGAGAGGUCUGGAGUGGUCUGCCGAGUCAAGUACUGCAAUAGCCUCCCUGACAUCCCCUUCGACCCCAAGUUCAUCACCUAUCCCUUCGACCAGAACAGGUUCGUCCAGUACAAAGCGACUUCCUUGGAGAAACAGCACAAACAUGAUCUCCUGACUGAGCCAGACCUGGGAGUUACCAUUGACCUCAUCAACCCUGAUACCUACCGCAUCGACCCCAGUGUACUCCUAGAUCCAGCUGAUGAGAAGCUUUUGGAAGAGGAGAUUCAGGCCCCCACCAGCUCCAAGAGAUCCCAGCAGCAUGCAAAGGUGGUGCCAUGGAUGCGGAAGACAGAGUACAUCUCCACGGAGUUCAAUCGUUACGGCAUUUCCAAUGAGAAGCCUGAGGUUAAGAUUGGGGUUUCUGUGAAGCAGCAGUUCACUGAGGAAGAAAUAUACAAAGACAGGGAUAGCCAGAUCACAGCUAUUGAGAAGACUUUUGAGGAUGCCCAGAAAUCCAUCUCCCAGCAUUACAGCAAGCCCCGAGUGACACCAGUGGAGGUCAUGCCUGUCUUUCCAGAUUUUAAGAUGUGGAUCAACCCUUGCGCUCAGGUAAUCUUUGAUUCAGACCCCGCCCCCAAGGACACAAGUGGUGCAGCUGCCUUGGAGAUGAUGUCUCAGGCCAUGAUCAGGGGCAUGAUGGAUGAGGAAGGGAACCAAUUUGUGGCUUACUUCCUGCCUGUGGAAGAAACACUGAAGAAACGAAAACGGGACCAGGAAGAGGAGAUGGAUUAUGCACCAGAUGACGUGUACGACUACAAGAUUGCUCGGGAGUACAACUGGAAUGUGAAGAACAAGGCCAGCAAGGGCUACGAGGAAAACUACUUCUUCAUCUUCCGAGAGGGUGAUGGGGUUUACUACAAUGAGUUGGAGACCAGGGUCCGCCUGAGUAAGCGCCGAGCCAAGGCAGGGGUUCAGUCGGGUACCAAUGCCCUGCUUGUGGUCAAACACCGGGACAUGAAUGAGAAGGAACUAGAAGCCCAGGAGGCACGGAAGGCCCAGCUGGAGAACCACGAACCCGAGGAGGAAGAAGAGGAGGAAAUGGAGACGGAAGAGAAAGAAGCUGGGGGCUCAGAUGAGGAACGAGAGAAGGGCAGCAGCAGUGAGAAGGAAGGCAGCGAGGAUGAGCGCUCAGGCAGUGAGAGUGAACGGGAGGAGGGUGACAGGGACGAGGCGAGUGACAAGAGUGGCAGCGGUGAGGAGGAAAGCAGUGAGGAUGAGGCCCGGGCUGCCAGGGACAAAGAGGAGAUCUUCGGCAGUGAUGCUGAUUCGGAGGACGACGCUGACUCUGAUGAUGAGGACAGAGGACGGGCCCACGGCAGUGACAACGAUUCAGACAGUGGCAGCGACGGGGCUGGCCAGCGGAGCCGGAGCGCCAGUCCCUUCCCCAGUGGCAGCGAGCAUUCUGCUCAGGAGGAUGGCAGUGAAGCCGCAGCUUCUGAUUCCAGUGAAGCUGAAAGUGACAGUGACUGAGUCCCAGGGCCUCAGGGCUGGUGCGGAUACAGUUAUUUCGCGCAGGAAGGCACUUUUCGAGUGGUCUCUUUGUGAGCCUUUUGCUUUGUUCCCCUCUCCUCCAAACCUCUGCUGUUAAUAAAGCCAACUUCUCUUUACUUAC